GUACUGAAAAGGGUUUUCCGCUUCAGCGUUUGAGAGCGCGAAAAUGGGGAAAGAGGGAGAUUUGUGGGACGAUUCUGCUCUCAUCAAUGCGUUCACCAGUGCCAUUUCCAAAUACAAGACGAUGCAUGGGAUUGAAGCGUCGAGCAACGGGAAAGUGGAAGAUAAUAAGGUAGAGGAAGAAUUGCAGGCUACUGAAGUUGAUACUCAAAGCAAGCAAUUUGGCGGCUCCAAUAUUGAGAACAUACAGAAUGAUGAUAAAGUGUUUGACGCUCCGGAAACUACAGCUAAAAUUGAAGAGACUGUCGAGCUUAACAAAAUCAAGGAAAACCAUCCUCGGGAAUUGACUUUUUCCACAGAUCAUGUGGGUACUUCAAAUGGUCAGACAGGACUCUCUUCCAUCAGUAAAUAUCCUUCUGUGGGAUCCUAUCCUCCAGGGAACCAUACCAUCACUUCUGAUACAAAUAUUCAAAAUGAGGCAGCAUUGAAUUCCAACGAUCAAGAAGAGUACAAUCAGUUGUUGAACAAAUAUUAUGAGAUUGAAGAUCAGAGGCAGAGGAUUCUUGAGCAGCUUAACCAAUAUAACAAUUGCUAUUCUCAAAAUCCUGAUCAGCAUCAAGAAGCUUAUGUCCCUCAACCUUAUAGCACUGUCGCUUGUAAUUGUUCGUAUGGCUGUGAAAAUUGGGUUGCUCCAUGCAAUUCAUUACCCAAUACAUGUCUGGGUGGCCCUUGUACUGACGAAAGUUGUCAUGGUUUUUUCAAACAUGAUGAGAAAAGGAACUCCAUCCCUGCUCCAGAUCAUAAUUAUGUACAAACUGCAAUGGCUGCAGCCAAAACUGCACUAUCUUCAUUGAAACUGGAAACUUCAAGUAUUCCUCAUUCUUCUGCGAGUCAAGGUGACUUGGCUAAAUGCACUGAGCCUGCGACAGAUCUUGGUGUGGUUCUGAAUGCUUGGUACUCUGCAGGGUUUUACACCGGAAAGUAUCUCUCGGAGAAAUCUUUCGAAAAUAAGAAACAAGGGUAAAAAGUCUUGAACAUUGAACAGAAGAACCUCCACAUCUCUAAGUAUGGUAAGUGUUUUUCCCCGUCUUGCGGGUCAAGUUUUAAGUAACAAGAACUUGCAAGAUAAUUUUGGCAGUGGUUGAGUUAUGGCUUAUUAUACUUAAGAUGGAAGCAGAGCUUGGAUAGAGUUAGUCUUUGAAUCGUUAUACAGUUUCGAAAAUCAAUCUGCAUCAACAGAUUCAGAUCAGAUCAAUGGGGACUAUAGAAUGGAAUGGUAUGAGGGUGUAAAAUCCAUUUACCAUGGCUCCCAUAUUUAAAAAAAAAAGAUGUUUUAUAUGAUUUUGUGAUGCCCUUUUCAACAUUAUAUCAUGUUUUGUAAUUUGUCAAUUUGCAAGAUGUUCUUGAAAUUUUAAUGGAAUUGAGCAUUGCAGAGGUGGCACGUGAAAAGAGAGAUAGGAGCAUAUUGUUGAUUUGCGAUCCAAUCUUAAUC